CUAACGUUCUGACUGCUAAGCACAAAACGUUUUCGUUAAUAUAUGAUUACGUAGGAAAUUAAGGGUUUUGAUAAUAAUAGAAGAGUGAAUUUGAAAUUUUCGCUGUUUUUUAGUGGCAGAUACAUUUAGUUUCAGUGUAUAUUUCAAAACACAUAGACAACUUCUGCUUGGUCCAUGAGGAUUUUUUUACCUUUCCAAAAUGUUUCGACUCUACGUAGUUUUGUGUAUAUUUUGUAUUACAAAUAUCAAUUUUACAUUUGGGAUGUCGAGGGAGCAGUUGAAGAAGACAUUGACAAUCAUGAAAAAUCAGUGCAUGCCCAAGCAUGGUGUUACUAAUGACGAAGUUAAUGAGAUCGAGAAAGGUGUUUUUUUAGAAGAUCAUAACGUUAUGUGUUAUAUUGCGUGCAUUUAUAAAACUAUUCAAGUGGUAAGGAACAACAAACUGGAUAAAGAUUUGAUAUUGAGACAAAUAGAUAUCCUCUAUCCAAAGGACAUAAAGGAGGCAGUCAAGAAAUCUGUUAUAAAAUGCGUCCCUGUUCAGAAUUUGUAUGAGGAUCCCUGUGAAGGAGUUUUCUACGCGGCGAGAUGUCUUUACGCAGAUGAUCCGUCGAAUUUUAUUUUCCCAUAAAACGACUGUCCUGAUUAAUAAUAAUAAAAUCUUUUUGCUUAUUUUAUGAAAU